AUGACAUGGGCACGGUGCGAGGAGACCAACUCAGUGCCUGGAUUUGUUAAACUUCGACAAUCAAAUCCACCAGCCAGCCCCCACAAGCUAGUACCGAACGCCCUAAAGAUCCCAAAGAAGAAUCUGUUACCCCUCAGGCCGAACCAGUGGAAGAUCUUAAACUUUGACAUGCCUAGCAUCUCUCCUAGGCUUAUCUCUGACAAACUGGGUAUUGACCAUAACAAAUGCCCUAUUCGGCAGAAGUGUUGUGCUUAUGACCCCGAGAAAUAUGAAGCCAUGAAGAAUGAAGUCGAGAAGCUACAUAGCAUCGGCUUCAUUAAGGAAGUAGAUUAUCCCUCCUGGCUGGCGAAUGUGGUAAUGGUUCACAAGCCUAAGAAAGGUUGGCACAUGUGUGUAGACUAUACUAACCUCAACCAUGCUUGCCACAAGGAUAGCUUUCCUCUCCCCUGCGUCAACUAG